AUGGAUGAGAAGGGAUGCCUGUGCUAUGGAAAUGGAAAUAUGGUUCUACUAAGAUAUUCUGAAAACUCUGCGGGUCCCUCAGAAAUUUGCACAAGAUGCUGUGACCCUGCAAUCUUGCUCCUGGAAGAACAGACAAAAGAAGCAAGAUCCCAUAAGAAGUACAUCAACUCCAUGACAGCUGGAAGUAUUCUAGAAGAUGACAUCUCCUCUCAAAACAAAGUUUGUCCCCAGGAUUCAGGGCAUCAUUUAGGUAUUGAUUAUAAUUGCCUUGCCUUGAUCCUGCAGCUCUGGCAGAGGAGACAAGCCCAGUCAGGGUUCAGCACUGAAAACAGGACACUCACCGUGGAUUUAGGGCUCAUAUUGGUUACCUUUGUCCUUAUUUUAAAAGGUGGACAGUGUGAGAUGCAAUUGCUUGAGUCCGGGGGAGGCUUAGUGCAGCCUGGAAAGUCCCUGAAACUCUCCUGUGCAGCCUCUGGAUUCACCUUCAGUAGCUACUGGAUGAUUUGGGUCCGCCAUGCUCCAGGCAAGACACUGGAGUGGAUCACACACAUUAAUCCAGAUGGUGGUAGCACCUGGUAUAUCGACUCUGUGAAGGGCCGGUUCACAAUCUCCAGAGACAAUGCCAAGAACACUCUGUACCUGGAAAUGAGCAGUCUGAGAUCUGAGGACACAGCCAUGUAUUACUGUGCAAGAGACACAGUGAGUGAAUGUUACUGUGAGCUCAGACAAAAACUCCGCUGUGGUGAACACAAGACCAGCAGGGGGCGCUGA